UAUGAUGGCGUUCAAGCUGGCGGAAAAACAUUUGAAAAGAAAAAAGAUCAUAAUAUUAAACAAAAAGUGUCAGGAUCUCUCUUUUUUUCCGAAAGAAAGUAUUGUGUUCAGUCUAAUGGUCUGGGCGCUACAGUGACGGUAGUAACGGAAGCAAGUUGCAACAACGCGAACAACAAAAAGUUCACAUUUGGUUCAGUGAUACAGUUCGGUGACAAAAUGAAAGAUGUUCAUUGUUCUUCAAACCAACUUAUGGUGAUCCACAAAGCUCAUUAUGGCGAUUUUGAAGAUGGUGGGACAUUUUAUGCCAAUGCAACUAUUGAUAUCAAAUGUAGUCAACGAGCAAGUUGUCAGGUGAAACGUCUUUGUGGUGGAAAGACGGCUUGUGAGCUGAUCAUUAACAAUACUUUGCUAUUAUCGCCAUAUUGUUCUAAAAACACAGCCCAACUUUAUAUCGAGUACACUUGUGUGGAUAUCUAUUUGAAUCCCAUAAAAACAGCUCCCAACAUAAGAUUAUCAAAGUCACCCAGCGAAGGUUUCGUUGAAAUAAAGAAUGUUUCCACUUGGAAAAACGUAAGGGAGGAAAUAUGGGACAUCACUCGGGAAAAAUCGCUGUGUCAGCACUUGGGAUUUAAUGGAACCCUAGGGAACGUGGUUAAGACUGAGAGGAUAAAGUCAGGUCAGGAAUUCGUAAGUGGUGACCUCUGUUAUGACGCACCUCUGACGGAUAGUUGCUGUGUCCAUCUUUAUCCUUACACAGCAACGUCAACCGUUUAUGCGCCAUAUGUAACAUGUAAAAUUUGCGAGAACCCAUUAUUACAGAACAAAACUAAGUUUCCAAACGCGGUAUUUUCUGGAAGUGGUUCCACUGACAAUACCAAGUACAAAGAAGCGAGGUUUUCUAGCGAUGGUUGGUGUCCAACAGAGUCUGGAGACAAAUAUCUUAAGAUCAACCUUCAAAACGAAUAUCACAUAACACGAGUUAUGGUCAUGGGUGAUAAAGAUCAGACAAAGUGGAGUGGAUCAUAUUCAUUGAAAUACAGUCAUGAUGAAAGUUUGAUAUAUUUCAACUUUUCUUUUCACGACUACACAAGUUGA